UAAUGAAUGCAGGGUCCUGGGAGACCAGAUAUAGUGAAUGCAGGGUCCGGGGAGACCGAAUAUAGUGAAUGCAGGGUCCGGGGAGACCAGAUAUAGUGAAUGCAGGGUCCUGGGAGACUGGAUAUAGUGAAUGCAGGGUCCUGGGAGACUGGAUAUAAGCGGAGACCUAGAGAGGAUAUAGUGAAUGCAGGGUCCGGGGAGAGCGGAUAUAGUGAAUGCAGGGUCUAGGGAGACCAGAUAUAGUGAAUGCAGGGUCCGGGGAGAGUGG